AUGUUCGGUGCGACGCUCCUCGGGAUGGCCUACAUCGCGGAAGUGUGCGACCACCUGCGCACGCUUAAACUGGAUUUUGACACGUCUCCGGAAGCGAUGAAGGAGGCUCAGUGGCCGCUCGAUGCACCGCUGCGGGGUACACGUCCGAAUUCGAAGGUCACGACGCUGGACGUCCAUAUGUCGCCGGUGCACGAGGCCGACGUAGCGGCGGUUGCCGCUGUCUUGGUCGGGUCGUUCACCAGCCUCUCGACGAUCCUCCAGAAUGGCAAGGAGUCAACGGGGACUUGGCGCAAUGUGCAAGAUCUGCUGCCUACCUUGUAUGCUGAGCAUGACGGAAAUACCCUGGAGUGA